UGCGCACCUGGGUUUUACGGGGAAAACUGUUCCAUGGACUGCCAUUGUGAACAUUGUCAUAACGUCAAUGGCUCGUGUGCCUUGUAUUCAACACAGUGUCGUGGAGGUUUUCGACUAGAAGGCGAAUUUUGUAAACCUGAAAACAGCAAACCGACAUCGGUAGGGGCCAUUGGUGGUGGUGUAGGGGCUGCAAUAGCGGCCAUAAUUGGGAUUUCCGUCGGUCUAUGGUUCUUCCGUAGAAGAAUCAACUCUAAAAACACGAAUCGCUCGAGUGAUUCUACAGAACUAACCGAUAUAUCAAAAGUUCAAAGACAAGUCAAUGCACAUGAAAAUGCCGUUUAUAAGGAUACUAAAGCGAAUGCAAAAAUAUACGCAAACACAGAUAGCGACUACUACAGUUACAAUGAAGUUGUCCCGGGAAUCAAGAUACAUUUACUGUGGGACUACAUUCGCGAAAAGACAAAGCCUGGAUCAUCGUUUUUUGAAGACGAAUUUGCCAAACUACCGGCAGGUUUAAUCCAUAAACACGACUUAGCUGCCGCCGUAGAGAACCGAGGCAAAACCCGCUACCGGGAGAUGUUUGCUUACGACCACUCUCGAGUGCCUUUGGAAAAGGAAAAGCCAAGCGACUCCGAAUAUAUAAAUGCCAGCUUCAUUCACGGAUUUGGAAAAGUGACUAAGUUCAUUGCAUCCCAAGGUCCAACGGAAAAAAUGAUCGACGAUUUCUGGCGCAUGAUUUGGCAGCAACGUGUGAACAAGAUUGCAAUGCUUACUAAUGUUUUUGAAAUGGGAACGUUAAAAUGCCUGCAAUACUGGCCAGAGGAAAUCAAUGGUGUAUGCACGUACAGUGGUGUGGAAAUAAAGUAUACAGCUAUAGAGGAGACGUUCGACUACAAUAUCAGAUCUUUUGACAUACGUCGGGGGAAGGAGUCACGACGGGUAAAACAGUUUCACUUCAAGACAUGGCCCGACAAGGACGUUCCCGAGACGACCUGGAGUCUGGUCGAUUUCUGGAGAGUCGUUGAUACUACUGAUGCGGCGAACAUUUCGCCAAUUGUCGUACAUUGCAGCGCGGGUGUUGGUCGGACGGGAACAUUUAUCGCCCUUGACGUAUUAAUAACACAGGCAAGGAUGGAAGGAUCCAUUCGACCCCUUCAAAUAGUCGAGGCGCUGCGUCAACAAAGGGUCAACAUGGUUCAAACAAAGGAGCAAUACAAAUAUCUUCACGAAGCCGUGGCUGAAGCCCUACUGAUUGGGACACAUCCUGUUCUUACACGGCAGUUCGCAAGCGUCGUCGACUACAUGAUGGGCAAAGAGAGAGAAUCUAUGACUACGAGACUUGAAGAACAAUUUAAUUUAAUUGUCAAAUGUAUCCAAGAGGUACCUGAAUCGGCUGAAGAACAAUCGUCGGGUCCAACAUAUGGGAAUAUGGAGACAGUCAUGUCGGAAAUACACGCAUACCGACCGCAACUGCAAAAACGAGGUUCGAAGAUCAUCCAGCGACUGGGAGCCAUUUUCCUUCCGACUGUUGGCAAUACCAAUGCACUGCUAGUGUGCAUGUCACCCACCGACCAACACAUGGAAGAGUUCUGGUCCUUAGUCGACGAGCAUCAUGUAACCACGGUAAUCAGCCUGGCUUCACCCGGCAGCGCGACAUAUGAGACCUGUCAGCAUUUGGGUGCUCGAGGAAGCGGUCGGGUUGGACAGUUUUCUGUCAAUUACCUUCAUGAAAAGAAAAACAAAGGCAGUGUGGAAAGAACUUUCUCAUUCAGAGAUGAGAAUCACGAGGAUGAGGACUACCUGACCACAAUAAAGCAGUUCCAAUUAACCUCCUGGCUGGAGGGACAUGACACGCCUUCAGAUAUGCAGUCAUUCCUUGAUCUGCUUGAAGAGGUACUGAAGUGGCAGCCACACCUAUCCGACAAAAGACCAAUUCUGAUCCAUUGCCAAACUGGUUUCAUGCGGUGCGGACUUACCGCGUUGGUCCUGAACGAGAUACAACGCAUCAGAAAAGAAAAUGGGCAAAUUAACAUCGUGGUAUCUUUCAAAACUAUGAAAACCAGGUGUCGUGAUUUGGUUCACAACAAGACACAGUACAGAUUUUGUUAUGAAGUCAUUUUGGCCUACAUAACGAACUCGGGAACCUACCAGAACCUGUAAACCAGUCAAUACACAGCUUGAAAUCCUUCAAAAACAUACGCAAUGUCAAGGAAAAUGAUUAGGAAGUGUGCGUUGUAAAUUGAUUUAACAAACAUUUUCUCAUUACUUAUUGCAUAGAUUACUAGUGCAGGAUUAUAAGUAAUCACGUUGUGUGCACAUAUAUGUAACUCGGAAUGUAUGUUAUUUAAAAAAAAUGUUUUUAUAAAUUGAAGUGAACAAAUUAAAUAUUAUUGAACAAUUUGUCUUUUCUAUUCAAAUUACCUCGACAAUUAAGUAUGUUUAACGCGCAAAACCAAUACAAAAAGUUAUUGGCUCACUUUUCACCCAUUUAUUGCAAGUUACGUAUUUGCAUUAAUCAACUGUUAGUUUCGGGGGGCUAUAAUAUGCUGGGACAUUAAGGAUGCCUAGUUAUUGUGUUUCUUUGUUAUGUGUCUACAUGUUUUUUGUAAGGUGUAGAGUCACUUUGAUGCACGUAUUAACAAGAUUGAGUAACUUCCACACCAUUGAAUUCUCACAAAACAAAAACAAAGCUACAAAUACUUGAAAGCAAAAAAAACAACAUAUUGCGAUCGCAUCUUUUCCAAAUUAUUUUCUCACUUACAAGUUACACAUGCAGAGUUUAAAGUUGAUCGAUGUGGGACAUUACAUUUUUCUUCACGAUUUCGUUUGUUUUGUCUAAAUACAAAUUCUUUUUUAGAUAAGAUUGUUUGUUUCAACAAAAAAUUUAUUCAAGAUUAACAGCUUUGUAAAUGGGAAACUAUCAGUUCUUACUAAUUCUCAAAGUUGUUCCUAUCUUUGCAAAUAUAUGUCUUAUCAAUCAUAUACUUUCUUAGUGCUUUAUAUGCAUAACAUUUUAAUCAGAAUUUGUAUUAUACGUAAAGAGUAAAUAAUAUGCAUAAACUAGUUUCUUUUUAAUAGGAUACGAUUUUCGUUAUUACAUAUUUUUCUUUUGUUGUUCAAACGUAUCGUUGGAUAUUGCUAAAUACAUGUGAAACUAUGUACAUAUUCAUGUAAAACAACGUCAAACUGUUAUUACUAAAGACAUUAUUUGUAUAUUAAUUCGGCCUAAAACCAUCAUAGAUUACUGACUUUGAGACUAU